AUGAUUAGUCAAAAGGAAGAUGCAUCGAUUGAAGAUAUUGAUAGAGAAAAGUUGUUCAAAUAUAUUGAGACAAAAGAGUUUUUGGCUGUUGUUUUCUAUAAAGAAGAUGAUCCUGAAAGUCCACGAGUUUUGCGUCAUAUCGAACUUAUUGACGAUGAAGCUGCUGAAUAUGGAAUUAAAAUUGUUCAAACCAGUGACAGACUUAUGGCUAAAAAAUAUGGAUACAGAAAUCCACCAGGAAUUACUUAUUUCAGAAAGGGUAAAUAUAUAAACUACGAUGGAGACGUUGACGAUGAAGAAGAAUUACUGGAUUGGUUGACAAAUCCAGAAAAUAUGGAACUCACCGAUCACAUCGAGAGAGUAAACAGAAAAAUGUUCCACAAAAUUAGGCAAACUUCUGAUUAUCUGGCAGUAUUUUUCUACAGUAAUGAUUGCAAGCAAUGUCCAAAAGUCCUGGCAGAGAUCGAACACAUUGACGACGAAGCAGAUAGUGCUGGAAUAAAUUUUGUGAAAAUUGAUGACAGACAAAUGGCCAAAGAGUAUGGAGUGUUUGCCCUACCAGCUAUUUUAUUCUUCAAAAUGGGUUCUAAGGAACCUGUUAUUUAUGCAGGUGACCUCUACGACGAGGAACAAAUUUUGAACUGGUUGAUGAUCCAACAAGAUCCUUCUGGUGAAGUUAUUGAAGCUUUUGAAGGAGAAAGCUUAUUGGAACUUAUUGAAGAAUCAAAAGCUUUAGCCGUUUACUUCUGGAACGAAACGUUCUGCGAAAUGUGUGUAGCGAAACAGUCGAAGGCGAGGAAGAGGGGACUGCAGUGCCGCCUGGAGGCGGCCAGCCAAGAACGAGACAGCGAAGAAGAAGUCGACUGUUCGAAGGAAUUCCAAGAUCAUGUCGGUCCCGAAUGCGAAGAAUGUACGAGUAUUUUGAACGAACUAGAAAAUAUUGAUGACGAUUGCGACAGGCACGGAAUAAAUUUUAUCAAGACUCAGGAUAUUAAAAUUGCUGAAUAUUAUGGAGUUACUGAUUUUCCAGUUUUGGUUUACUUUGAAAAUGCCGUGCCUAAUGUUUUUGAAGGAUCACUUUCGGAGGAAGAAGAAGUACUUCAAUGGCUAAUUACACAAAAAACUGAAGACAGAAUUGAAAUGAUUACCAGAGAGAUGUUAGAAAGGAUGGUCGAGAAUACGCAGUAUUUGGCGGUGUACUUUUAUAAAUCAAAUUGCAACAUUUGUGACGUAAUAUUAGAAGGAUUGGAAAAAAUUGAUGAUGAAUGCGAUGUGUUUGGAAUACACAUGGUCAAAAUUCAGGAUCCUCAGUUGGCAAAAAGAUAUUCCAUCAAAACUUUCCCUGCGAUGGUGUAUUUCAGGAAUGGAAAUCCUUUACUUUUCGAAGGAGAUCUUCAAAAUGAAGAAUCAGUUUUGGAAUGGCUGAUUGAUGAUGAUAAUCGCGAACUUGCUGAUGAAAUUGAGACAGUAAAUGAGAGAAUGCUGGAACGACUACUUGAUGAAUCCGUAUUACUGGCAGUCUUUUUCUAUGAUGACGAUUGUCCGGAAUGUGAAGAAAUUUUGGAAGAACUGGAACAAAUUGACGGGGAGGCUGAUUUGUUUGGAAUUGACUUUGUGAAAAUUUCAAGUCCUGAAGCUGCUGAAAAAUACAACAUCGUUAAUUUGCCGUCACUGGUAUAUUAUCGUAAACGUGUCCCAAUGUUGUACGAUGGUGAUUUACAUCAACAUGAAAGUAUCCUUGCUUGGUUGACUUCUCAAGACGUUUUCGAAAUCAAAAAUGAAAUUGAAGAAGUCAACAAGAAAAUGUUAGAUAAACUUCUCGACGAGAACGAAUUUUUGACAGUUUUCUUCUAUGAGUUGGACCACGAUGAGAGUGAACAAGUGUCGGCCAAAUUGGAAAAUAUCGAUGGGGAACUUGAAAAUUUGGAUAUUACUUUUGUGAAAAUGUCAGAUGCCAGAUAUGCCAGAAAAUGGGGUGUCAUAAAAUUGCCUGCGAUAGUUUACUUUAGGAAACGGUUUCCAAGUAUAUACAGAGGUGACAUGUUGUCAGAAACUGAUGUCCUCGAAUGGUUAAGGAAAAACCGUUUUAGGCAACCAGAAUUGAACAUUUUUAUGUAUGCUCUGAUAGCAAUUUCGAUAGCUUUUGUCAUCUAUACAGCCUUCCUGCUCCAGUGCUUUAGGACACCUCCUCCUGCACCUCCUGCCAACCCGAAGCAAUCGUGAAACCAGAACCAGUAAAUAAAUAACUAACAUUUAAAGAAAGGCCAUUCGAAGAUCAUUCUAGGGAAAACUAAUU